AGUUUAGACGAGUGAAAGUGAUAAGAUUGAUGAACUCAAUAGAAAAGAAAAAAGAAAACAAAUUGAAAAUGAAAAGCAGAAAGUCGCAAAUGACGAAGCGAAAAUAACAGGAAGAGAAGAGAUCAUGAAUGCAAACUAAGAAGUAAAUCAAAGUGAAGUUAACAAGUAAGCAUCGUUUUCUAUCUUCUCCUAUUCAUCAUCCAUUCAUUCCCCAAAGGACGAAACCUAACCGGUUUUUGAUUUCAAACCCAAUCCAUAAACGAUGAACAACAACAGUAAUCCACCUAAGAAUACAGCGGCGCCACCGUCGUUUUUGAGCAAUUCAUCCAUUCCGGUUAAUCCCCAACCAAUUCAUCUUCUCACUCAUUCUCAGCCACAAAUGCAAGGUGCUUCAUCUUCUCCUUUCCCCGGUCAUUUUCAGCUAUCUCAACCUCAAAACCAUGUAAUUUCACAACAACAACAACAACCACAACCGCAAUUUGCAAACCCUCGUGCUCACCCUCAAACGCAGCAACAACAACAGUAUCAACAGCAGCAACAACAACAGUAUCAACAGCAGCAACAGUAUCAACAGCAACAACAGUAUCAACAACAAAAGCCUUUUAACCAAAUGAGUAAUAACACCAACAGUAAUGUGGCUUCUCCUGCACCUGCGACAAAUACUACAACUUCAUCUGCCAAGCGGUCGCAUCAUAAGCAGGGUUCGCGCCCUCAGGGUUCUCCAAGUGGUAAUCAAACCUCUGCCUUUAAAACUAUGGAGUUAACUCCUGCUCCUAUGAGGAAAAAGAGGAAUUUACCUGAUAAUUUGAUACCUGAAAAGGUGGCUAAGCUUGUUCCUGAAUCUGUGCUUUAUACUCGGUUACUUGAACUUGAGGCUCAGAUAGAUGCGGCUUUGAAUAGGAAAAAGAUUGAUGUGCAGGAGGCUGUUAAAAGUCCUCCUUCGUUUAGGAAAACUCUUCGUGUUUAUGUGUAUAAUACAUUUUCGAAUCAGACCAAAUUGGAUGGUGAUGUUGAGGAGCCGUCUUGGUCACUCAGGAUAACUGGGAGGAUAUUGGAAGGAGAUGGUAAGGAUCCUGUGGUGGAAGGGAUUACGAAGAGGGAAAAACAUUUGUACCCAAAGUUUUCGGCUUUCUUUAAGAAAGUUACGGUCUAUUUGGAUCAGGGGUUCUACCCGGAUAAUCAUGUCAUUGUAUGGGAUAGUGCUCGGUCGUCUGCCCAACAGGAUGGUUUUGAGGUAAAGAGGAAAGGAGACAAAGAAUUCACCGCGGUUAUUAGGUUAGGAGUGAAUUACUCGCCGGAGAAGUUUAUGGUUUCUGCACCGUUGUCUAAAGUUUUAGGGAUUGAGUUUGAUACCCGCCCUAGAAUAAUGGCUGCUCUUUGGAACUAUGUGAAGUUCAGGAAACUGCAGAGCCCGAAUGACCCUUCAUUCUUCAUGUGUGAUGCUUCUCUCCAAAAAGUGUUUGGGGAAGAAAAAAUGAAAUUCGCCAUGGCUUCACAGAAGAUAUCACAGCAUUUGUCACAACCGCAGCCUAUACACCUGGAGCAUAAAAUCAAGCUUUCUGGAAAUUGUCCAGCCGGAACUGCAUGUUAUGAUGUGCAGGUUGAUGUGCCUCUUCCACUAGAGAAAGAUAUGUCUUCAUUCUUAACAAGUAUGGAGAAGCACAAAGAGAUUGAUGCUUUUGAUGAAGUGAUUUGUUCUUCUGUAAAGAAGAUUCAUGAUCAUCUUAAGAGACGAGCUUUCCUUCUUGGUUUUAGUCAAUCUCCAGCAGAGUUUAUUAAUACAUUGAUUGCUUCUCAGAGCAAGGAUCUGAAGUUGCUUGCUGGAGAUGCCAGUCAUAAUGCUGAAAAUGAACAACGGUCUGAAUUCUACAAUCAACCAUGGGUUGAGGAUGCUGUAAUUCGCUAUCUGAACAGGAAAAGUGCUCGAACUGAUGCUCCAUGAAGCAUUUGAUGGAAAAUCGACCAGUCUUGUUCUGUCGUACAUUUUUUGAAUUAAGUAGAUUGACUCAAGUUUCUGAUUACCCAUGGCCAUGGGUUGUUGUUGGAGUCCCUUAACCAUAUUUGUAUCCAUUGAUUCUCAUCUACUCUUAUCUCCAAUUACCCAGUGGUAAAUACUAACAGUUUGCUAAUUUCUUGUGUCACAUCAAUUACUAUCGUUGUAAUGGUAUUACUGAAUAUUACAGCAUAUUUAAUGGAGAUAUGAAUAUGAUAGAGAGUUUCAUAUCAAGAUAAAUUCAUAUAUAUUUUUUCUAUUGGAGGAAUCUUAGGUUGCAGAGUGAGUGAGUUGCAUAUAAAUUGUUGAAAUAUCUUAUAAGUUUAGAUCAAAUGUGUCUCCAUGUUCUUUUAUGUUUUUUAUUAUUGUAACAAUUUGAUUCUUUUAGUUGUUUUUGUUUUGAACUAGUCUUUUAAGUUACCAACCGUUUAUACUGUUGGACAAAAACCAUGAAUCCAUUAUAAAAAUGCUUAGGUGUCAAUUGUCAGUCUUGGGUGGCAGCUAACUCAGUGACAUUGUUUAAGGUUUAGGUGAAUGUUGACUCUUCUUCAUCUUGGAAUCCCCCAUCAACAAUCUACUAUAUGUAUUAAUAAAAAAUACAUUCAAACUAUCAACGUUUCCCUUCACUUUAAAAUUAGAGAAAUGUUAGGUUUACACCGACACCGU